UAACCAUUCUAACUUCGACUAUCCUGGCAGCGAUAGAAAAUGAGGGCAAUAAUUUUUUUGCCGCUUUUUAUAAUUCUGUCUAGUGGUAAUGUUAUAAAACAGAAUGAUGAAAAAGAACUAGAGUGGUGGAAGACAACUAUUUUUUAUCAAAUUUACCCACGAUCAUUUGCCGACAGUGAUAAUGAUGGAAUCGGUGAUCUUAAUGGUAUUACUUCAAAAUUAGAACACGUUAAAGAGAUCGGUGCUGGGGCAAUUUGGCUCUCACCAAUAUUUCAAUCACCAAUGUACGACUUCGGUUAUGAUAUAGCUGAUUUCUACGCUAUUCAUGAUGAGUACGGUACAAUGGAAGAUUUCGAAGCCUUACUUGCAAAAGCCGAUGAAUUAGAUUUAAAAGUAAUACUAGAUUUGGUUCCAAACCACGCAUCAAAUGAAAGUAUGUGGUUCCAAGAAGCGCUCAAAGGUAACGAAAAAUAUAUCAAUUAUUUUGUUUGGGAAGACGGUAUGAUUGACGAAAAUGGAAAUAUGCAACCACCAAAUAAUUGGAGAAGUCAAUUUAGAGGAAGCGCUUGGGAAUAUAGAGAAGAGGUUGGGAAAUACUAUCUGCACCAGUUUGUUGUCGGGCAACCCGAUCUGAACUAUCGCAACCCAGAUGUCGUCGAAGAAAUCAAGAAUGUUAUUCGAUUUUGGUUGAACAAAGGUGUUGCUGGAUUUAGAGUUGAUGCUGUAAAUUGUUUAUUCGAAGUGAAUAAAGAUCUAUAUGGUGGUAAAUAUCCGGAUGAGCCUUUGUCAGGUAGACGCGAUGUCGAUCCAGGUUCCUACGAUUAUCUUGCCCAUAUUUAUACAAAAGACCAAAACGAAACAUAUUAUAUGGUCUACGAUUGGCGUGAUGUGUUUGAAGAAAUAUCUGCACAAGAUGGUUUAGAAAGAGUAAUGAUGACAGAAGCUUAUGCCACAAUACAAGAUGUUGUAAGAUAUUAUGGCGAAGGAGAGAGGAAAGGGCCUCAGAUGCCUUUCAAUUUUAACUUGAUAACAGAUGUAGAUGCCUCCUCGUCCGCUGCUGAUAUGAAACAUACUGUAGAUAAGUUCUUGACUUACAAGCCAGUAGAUAAGGUGUCCAACUGGGUGGUUGGAAAUCAUGAUAAUAGUCGCAUGGCGUCUCGUUACGGUUCAUCGUUGGUUGAUGGAAUAAAUAUGAUUGUAUUAUUGCUUCCCGGUGUUGCGGUAACUUAUAUGGGAGAGGAAAUUGGCAUGAUAGACGGGGAAGUAAGCUGGGAGGAUACAGUUGAUCCUUCUGGAUGUAAUACAAACGACCCAAUCAAUUACUACAAAAGCUCCAGAGAUCCGGAAAGGACCCCAUUCCACUGGAAUGCGGAGAAAAAUGCCGGAUUCUCUACCGCUGAGAAAACUUGGCUGCCAGUUGCACAAGGAUACGAAACAUUGAAUGUAGAAGUUCAGAAAGCGGCAGAAAAAUCACAUUUAAAAAUUUACCAGGCGCUUGCUGAUCUGCGCCGAGAUGAUGUCUUCAGAUUAGGACGUUAUGAUUCUUUGGCCCUAAACAAAGAUGUUUUUGUUUUUAGAAGAUGGUAUCAAGGCGAAAAUUAUUUGGUUCUGGUGAACAUGAGGGAUAAUGAUUAUACAUUGGACUUGACGUAUUUCGAAAACAUUGACGGAAACGUUACAGUUGUUCUAAGCAGCAUACAGUCACCGAAAGACGAAGGUGAUACGUAUCCUGCAUACGCUGUACCGGUCGUCGGCUUUGAAGGACUUGUCCUUAAGCACUUAUAAACAUUUAUAAAAACCGCAAUGCAUAUAAUGAUUUUAAAAAUAUGUGUGUUCUAGAUUAAGGGUUAUUAUUUGUGGGCAAAUAAAGUCGUUUU